AUGGUAGAAAAGAUAUAUGUAUAUGUAUUAUUGCUAAUUGUUGCCAGAUUACUACCACAAAAACUCGUCAAUAUUCAUACACUCCACAAGAAUGAUUCCAACAAGGAGCCGGAGGUUAUUGAUAGCAGCAAACCAAACGAAGUUUCACUGAAAUUAGCAAAACCAAUCAUCUUAGAGAAGAUGCGUAAUGGCGUCAAUUCCGUACUCUCUCCGUUAACUGUCCAAAUUUUACUUGCUAUGAGCGCGGCCGGGUGUAAGGGAGCAACCAAGGACCAGCUCCUUUCUUUCCUCAACUUCAACAACGUUGAUGAGCUCGGUUCUUGUUUUGCUCGUUGUGUCGCGUCCGUAUUAACUCAAGGCAGUUCUUCUGGUGGUCCUGUCUUAUCGUGCGGUGUCUGGAUUGAUCGGUCUUUGUCUUUUAAUCCUCAUUUUAAGGCCGUCAUUGAUGAUGUUUAUAAGGCUCAUUCCACUCGAGUUGAUUUCCAAAACCUGGCGGCUAGGGAAUUGAAUGAGUGGUUUGGAAAAGAAACAAGAGGCCUUAUAAACAGUGUUAUUUCGCCUAAUGAAAUUAACAAACUCACAAGGCUGAUUUUGGCCAAUGCUUUAUAUUUCAAAGGAACCUGGGAAAAGAAGUUUGAUGCAUCAAAGACAAAAGAGCAUGAGUUUUAUCUCUUAAAUGGCAGCACAGUUAAAGCUCCUUUCUUGACCUCUGGGGAAAGCCAAUAUAUAAGUGCUUAUGAAGGGUUCAAAGUGUUGCGUCUUCCUUACAAACAAGGCAAUGAAACGCAUCGAAACUUCUCCAUGUACUACUAUCUCCCUGAUGCCAAGGAUGGGCUGCCUAAUUUGGUGGAAAAAGUAUGUUCUCAACCCGAAUUUUUAAAAAAUCAUACACCACAGACCAAAGUCAGUGUUGGGAAGUUCCUCAUUCCCAAGUUUAAGAUGUCAUUUGACUUUGAAGCCUCAAAAUUUCUAAAAGAUGUAGGGUUGGUUUUGCCUUUCAUUGAGUCACUUGAUGGCGAGUUCACUAAUAUGGUAGACUCUCCAGCUGUUAGUCGGGAGCUCUAUAUUUCGAAGAUUUUCCAAAACUGCUUCAUUGAGGUUGACGAAGAAGGUACAAAAGCAGUGCUAAAACACACAUGA